AUGGUGGGCAAGAAGUCGGGCAAGGCCCUGCUUAGGGACGAAGGCCUUGAGAGGACCGAUAACAACAUGGAACUAUCGAGCUGGCCUCAAAUCGCUCCCAUCAACCAAAAGAACUACUAUACCGAUUACCUCAAGCGAGACGACCAGUACCUAGCCUUCCGCUUACAAAAUGAAGAGGCUCGAAAUCGCAUGACGAAAACCGCUAAAGACCGGGAUCGUGCCUUGGCAAUGGCGAAAUCGAACGAUCUGGGAAUAUCGGAAGCUGACGCGGAUGCGGAUGGGGACACCAACAUGGAUGAAGCUGAAGAGACCCCAACCGAGACUGUGGGUUCCAAGGUGAUUGUGAUUCAUGUCGGAAGUCAGAACCUGCGAAUUGGUCUCUCCAGUGAUGCAUUACCCAAAACGAUCCCGAUGGUUAUUGCACGCAAGGCCGCUACGAGUGAGUCUGAAGACCACGAGGAGCCGUAUCCCAAGCGUCUGAAACUGGACGACGGUACUGAGAUGGAACCGGAGAAGAUGUUUGGGCCCGAGUUUGCGUCGCAGUACACGACAAUGUCGGCAGAGCUCAAGGCACACAUGCGGGCGAACAAGCGCCGGACAUUGCCAAACUCGAAGGAAAUGGUGAUCAAUUACAACCGCCGAACAGUACCAGAGACAAUCUCUGAACACAAUGACCCCAUGCGCAUCGAAUGGACGGAGAUUCCGGACCCCGCGCCGGAGUAUGUAGUGGGCCACCAGGCCUUGCGGAUCCCGGAUGCGUCUAACCCUCGCUACAAGCUCUAUUGGCCCAUGCGAUAUGGGUGGUGCAACGAGCGCGACUACGACAGCAAACGACUCUUGUUCCUGGACAUCUCCCUUAUUCUAGAAGACGCUAUCAAGACUCAGCUUGGUCUGACGAGCAAGAAGGACUGGCCACAGUACUCGUGCGUGUUCGUCAUUCCAGACCUCUACGAAAAGGCGUACGUAACUCAGAUUCUUGAAAUGCUCAUGAGAGAGUUCGCCUUUGCUCGGGUCUGUUUCAUCCAAGAGAGCUUAGCAGCCACUUUUGGCGCCGGCUUCACCUCAGCCUGUGUGGUCGACAUAGGUGCGCAGAAAACGUCCAUUUGCUGUGUGGAGGAAGGUAUGUGCAUCGAGAACUCUCGGGUCAACCUGAAGAUUGGUGGACAAGAUGUCACCGAGACCUUCAUCAAGAUGAUGCUUUACGACCACUUCCCUUAUGCCGAAAUCAAUCUCUGGAGGCGGUAUGAUUUCCUUCUAGCUGAAGAGCUCAAGAAGAAUGUGUGCACCAUGAAUGAAGCGAGUGUCUCGGUGCAGGUAUUCGAUUUCCACCUGCGUGUCGCGGGCCAGGAUACUAGGAAGUACACGUUUAAAGCCUAUGAUGAAGUACAUUUGGCUCCCAUGGGUUUCUUCCAACCGACGAUAUUCGAUCAUUCAUCAAAGAUCAAGGGACGGAGGUCUUUGAUUGCUCGAUCGGUCGAUAUUUACGACGGACAACUCAACGACCCCACAUCGGCUGCCCAGUCGGAGAUCCUUACCGCCAUCGCCCCCCCGACCACGAAUGGUGUGAAUGGCGAUACGCCAUCGAACAGCACAGAUGUUCAGGCGACCCCUAGCCGGUCGCAGCAAGUGAAUGCUCUUAGCCGCGUACAGGAGCUGGAAGCUACUCCUCGAUCAUCGGUUGCCGGUUCGCCCGCUCCAGAGACGCUCAGUACUCCCCAACCCGCGGGAGCGAGUACUCCUCUUCCGGGAGGCCAAUCCCAGAACGUGGCCUCUCAUCGUACCCCUGCUGUGGAUGAGCGCGAUGAUAUCCUUCCAACCUUCCCACUCGACCACGCAAUUCUUACGUCGAUUGCAAACGCCGCUCGGUCAGAUGAACGCAAGAUGCGAGACUUCCUAGGUGGGAUUAUGGUUGUGGGAGGAGGCAGCCAAAUCAAUGGUUUCCACGCUUUUCUGGAGGAGAGACUUCAGACUCUUCGGCCUGGGUUCGCCAAGGAGAUCAUGAUCGGGACGCCUCCACGCGAUCUAGACCCCCAGGUUGUUGUGUGGAAGGGCGCCAGUGUGUUCGGCAAGUUGAACGCCACUAAUGACAGCUGGAUUGGGCAACUGGAAUAUGAUCGACUAGGGCAUAGACUUAUGGCGUACAAGUGCAUGUGGGCUUACUGA